AUGUCAUGAUCCCUCUGGAGCAAUAGACCAAAUUAAAAUAAUGAUACUGAACUCUGAACAGAUGAAGGAAGUGUUUCCUGAGCGCAAGCAACAGUUCCUCAACAAAUCAGAAAACUCUGAAGAUGACGGUUUCAAAACUGAUUCAGAAGCUAACUUGACAAGAAAGAACAUUAGCCCUGUUACAACUGAUAAAGCUGUAGCUAAAGAGACCUCAUUAGAAACAACUUUAAAAAGUGAAGUUCCUACAUACUGUUGCACAAAAGCUUGGAUAGCUACAGGAUACGUAACAGGACCAUGUCAGUGUGUGCUGGCGAAAGAAUUAGGUUCCAAACAAGAUGUGGAUCUGUGUUCACAAUCAAAACCCAGUGGCAACAGUAAUGUUGACUCUAAACUAAACAGUCAACUGCCAAUUUCUACAUUAGAUACAGUUACUAAGACACAACGUGACAGAACCUUGAUUAAAAUUUCUGGCCCCAAAACUGCAAAUGAGUUUAAGCCACACCGAGUAGAUCAAGCAGUUUCUCGACUUCCGUCCUUCAAGAAACUAAAUUUGCAAAACCCCAAACAAAAUAAUGAGCAUGUAAGGAAAGAACUGUCACACCAUGCAUCUUCUCAGCCCUUAAAUAUAGCAAUGGAAGCAGUUGAAAUCAGUACGACACGUGACAACAUAUGUGCAAGAGGGAAUUCAUCUACAGCUGGAGCCCGGAGUCUUUCAAAGACAGAAGAUGUGGCAGUUGUCAGAAAUUUCUGCAGAAAUGAACAGAAAACUAAUAAGGUGGAUACUUUUCGACACAGACGUAUAGAGAUUAAACACAGUACAAACUAUGAAAGGUACAAAAUUAAGCGGGACUCUAGUGAAACACACAUGAUUAAGGGUCCCACACAUAAGAGUUUGAAAAGACAAAAGGCAAUAGAAAAAAAGCGUAAAGCGUUGGCGAUCCAGCAUAAUGAUGCCAUAAGUGCUUCAAACAUAAACAAUGUUGGCUCAUUUUCUCAGACAGGUGAGAAACCCCAACAUAUUUCUACCUCACAAUCACAAGAGCAUUUGAAUGGAAAGAAGUUUGUAAACAUAAGAGAUUUGGAGAAACAUUAUGGAUACAAGAAAGUAGAACAUAAAGAACGGACUUAUUCUGCGCUUAACGAGUACCAGUCUGAGGGCACUGAACACCCGUCUGAGCAUACCAAACCUAUUAAAAGGAUAAAUUUGGAAAAAUAUGCUUAUUCAAAAGAGAGAAAGAAAGCAUGGAAAUGUAGAAGUUCACAUUUAGAUAAUGGGAAAACUCGGACACCCCAAAAACAAAGGGUGCGUCCUCCUGGUAUAUCUAAAAUGUGCUCUCCAGGCAAAGAAGUAAUGCUGGAUGCUAAUAAAAGAGAGAAAUGGUCUGAGAGAUCGCUUUCUGAUAAAAAAUCUUGUUUUAAUAGAAGAACUAAUAAGCUGUCGAUGUUUCUUCAGAGGGAACCAAAGAAAACCUACUUGAACCGAGUUGCUUUCAGACGGACUGCGCACAAAACCAUUUUCCUAACAAACAUAGAACCAUCACAUUCCAAAUCAGUUUGGCAUGUGAAAUCAUGUAGUCUUUCUGGAUUGUCUAAGGAGAAAAGAAAAAGCAGCUUACCUCCACAGCAGCCUGAAGCAGAGAAACCACCAAUGCUUCAAUUCAAAAUGUGCCCAGAUAUAUUGUUUAGAAAUCCAGUCACGGAAGAACAAAUAUCAGAUGCAAGGGAGCUUCCUGAAAAAGACAGAGCUCCUGUAACAGGUAUGUAAUCCUAUUUCUAUCACAGUAUGAUUUUUCUAAAUUGUUAGAUUUUCUAAUACAUUUUGUUGAUGAAUGUUGGUGCAGUAGCUAGGCCAUAGGCUCACUUACAUAAAUGUCUGAAAGUGAAAUUAAAGGAUUCAGACCUUGGUAUGUUAAUAACAGUGCCUUGGGCAUGAAAUAAACGCAACAAAUAUUUCCUUGAUCUCUCAUUUUAUAACUGAAUCAUUCCUUCCUCCCUUCUUGCAGUUAUUCAGUUUCCAUUGCUUGCAUGUAUAAGGAAGAUAUUAGCUCUUUUGGCUAAUGUGGCUAGAUACCUUUCAUGUAGAAGGUUUUCUUUUCCCACCCACCUCUCAUGGUACCAGGGACUUCCUUUGCCUGGACAAGUCACUUGUGAAGCUGUGCCUAGCUUAACUGUUAGCCAGUUAAAGCUUUAUUACUGGGGUUUGCCGAAAUCCAGACAAGGCAAUUACAGUGGGCCCGUGUGAUACGUGGCUUUCAGCAUACAUUGAAAGCUGCGCGGGAGCACACUGGGUGCAAGGGGUGGCGCGUCUCAUUCACAUGAAUAGGGCACGCACAUGCUGCCACGCCGCCACAUGCACGAACCCCAUUCAUGCAAAUGGGGCUUGAGCAUGCGUGGAAUUCGGCUUAUGCGGGGGGGAUCCGGAACGGAUCCUCCAUGUAAGCCGAGGGAGCACUGUAUAUAAAAAUAUUUUGGAUGCUGAAUGUCAGUUUAUGAAAAAUGUAGAGUUAAGAGUUUCCUGAUUGACCUACCUACCUUUGCAUCUCCUAUUGAAAAACAAUCCCAGCUGCAUGCAAGUGGAUUAGGGUCCCCCCCCUUUUUUUUUUUUUAAAGUCAGAGCUUUGUAUGAUAAGUUAGGAUGAGAAAUGAUGACUGUUUCAGGGCUGUUGUGAAUUCCAGAAUUCCAUUAUGUCCUGCAAAGAUCAUACUGCUGUAUGAUAUUGCUUUGGACAUGUGGAGACCUGUGGCACUUCAUGAAACAGUAAAUAAUAGUGAC